AUGAUGAUUGAAUCUGGUUUGGGUUCCCAAGAAGAAGAUCCAUUUGAUUCAAAGAAAAAUGUUAGAUUAGAUUCCUUACAAAACGCCUAUUCUCACUAUCAAAAUGAUGCUGUAAAUAAGUAUCCCUCUAAUUCGGAGACGUGGUUAAUUGAGUUAAUAUUGAGAUCAGAUCUAAAGCUUACAAUUGAUCAAAUUAGAACUAUUAUAGGGAUUAAUUCUGAAAAUGAUACCCAAAUGCAAGUUUUCGAUUCAUUACAGUCAGUCAUUAAAGCUUUAGCAAAAUCUUUAUAUGAAGAAUUUGGUAACAAAUCCCUUUUAGAAUACCCUUUAACAGAUAUUAAAGAAUUAUUAUACGACGUUGCAAGAAGUUUUGCUCCUUUGUUUUAUGUCCCAGUAAUGGAAUCUGUUCCAAUCUCAAGUAAUAUUAGAGAGAUAGAACAAGAUACUGAGGAAGAAGGAGAACAGACGGAACCGGAAUUUGACCCAGGUUCAGAAGAAGGAUUAAAUGAUUUAAUUAGGGAUUUCAUGUCAGGGGCUGCUUCAGAACUUCAAGAAAAUGUACAAAAUCAGUUUGAACGUCGACUCCAAGAACUUGUUCGUGUUGUACCUUUUGGUCAGAGGCAAAUCCUGAAUCAGAACCAGAACCAAAAUAGUCAAAAUCAAACCCAAGCUUCUGACGAAGAUACUGGUCAAAAUAACAAAGUCCAAGUUGUGGAUAUAAUUAGACUUAGAGAUAGAUUUCAUGAAAUGUGGAUAUUACUUGUCUUUAUUAAGUUAGAAUUAGAUCAAAUCUAA